AUGCCUCCACCACCAAAGCGCAAGUGGCCUCGCGGCAGAGGAGGAGGAGGCGGUGGCGGAGAUCGUACAAAUGGAGGUGCAGCAACACCCGGGACGUCAACGCCUCGCUCGACAAUGUCGCAGCAGCCCAAACGCCCGAAGAUGGAAAACACGCAGCCAACUCCCGACACGAGCGUCGAUGUGCGACAAAUGUACAGCACGGCGGCAGGCGAUGCGGCCCCAAAGCCGUUUUCCGAGUUGAAGGAUAGGCUACACCCAGGAUUGCUUGACGGUUUGGACAAGAUGGGAUUCCAAUACAUGUCCCCGGUUCAGCAAAAGGUUCUAACAGAGCUUCCCUCACUAUCAUCCGACUGUGUUGUCCAGGCAAAGACGGGUACAGGCAAGACGGUGGCUUUCCUACUUCCCGCAAUUCAGAACCUCCUGGCUGGCAACAUGCCCCCAAGAGGCAAGGUCGCUAUCCUCGUCAUCUGCCCCACGCGCGAACUGGCUCUGCAGAUUGCCAAGGAGUGCAACGGUGUGACGGCAUGUCUGCCACAGAAGAUGGAGUGUCACACUGCGUUUGGCGGUACCUCGCGUGCGUCGAAUCUCAAGGCUUUCAUGAACGGCAACCCUACUGUUCUGGUAGCAACACCCGGAAGACUGGACGAUAUUCUGGGUGAAGAGGAAGUUCGCGACAAGUUUUCGCACUUGAAGACGGUGGUGCUAGACGAAGCCGAUCAGAUGCUGGAUGCUGGCUUUGCACCUGCAGUCAAGAAGAUCCUGAGACGCAUCCCACCAAAGAAUGACGGCUGGCAGGGUAUGUGCUUUUCUGCAACGCUGCCCAAAGAAGUGCUCGAUAUUGCAAAGAUUGUCUUAUUCCCCGGCUACACGCAUCUCUCGACAGUGGAUCCCAAUGAAGUGCCCACGCAUGAGCGGGUGCCACAAUUUUUCAUUACUGUUCCUACCGUUGGUCAAACGUUUCCUGCACUGUCCGCAUUGAUCGAGGAAGAAUACAACCAGAACCCUACGGACUUCAAGGCUAUUGUCUUUGGCACGACGGCAAACGGCGUGGGUCUGCUCUACGACCUGUAUCGCAACGCACUCCCUGAGUUCCGGCUAUUUGAGCUGCACAGCCGCAUGUCGCAGCCCGCUCGAACGAAGACGACCAAAGACUUCAAGGAGGCGUCAAGUGGAAUUCUAUUUGCAUCUGACGUGGUUGGGCGCGGCAUGGACUUUCCCAAUGUUGGGCUCGUAAUCCAAGUGGGGCUCCCUUCGAGCACCGAACAAUACGUCCACCGCGUGGGUCGCACGGCGCGUGCAGGCAAGGAUGGACGCGCAGUCAUCAUCCUAUUCGAGCAAGAAUCCUUCUUCCCACGCGUCAACAAGACGCUGCCCAUCCAGCCGUACCCUGUCGACAUUGUGUCGCGACUGGCUGCUCACCAGCCGAAGAUUGAGCGGGCCUUUGUCGACGUGGAGGAAGUGUCCAAGUCGAAAGCGUACCAGGCUUUUCUGGGCUACAACAAGACGUUUGUCAAGAAGCUGCAGCUGUCGACGGCGGAGCUGGUUAAGCUGGCGAAUGAUUAUGCAUAUACGAUGGGGUGCCCUGAGCCGCCGAUGCUGGAGAAGUCGACGGUGGGCAAGAUGGGGCUGAAGGGGGUGCCUGGGUUACGGAUUGGGUCACGGAAGUAA